AUGCCACGAAAACUCAUAAUAGGUUUGUCUGAAAAUACUUCUUUUAUUAACUUUCAUUUUCCCAAAAGCUUUCAGGCUUCAGAAUCUCGUUGAAAAAGUUAGGGAAAGAGAAAGAUCUCCCUUUUUCAAAUCUGAAAUAAUCAGAAAAUACACAGACUUCGAAAUAAUAUUCACUUUUAACUUUUGAUAAUUUUCAGAUACUGACGGCGUCAGCGACGACGUCCGCGCCAUUUCUCUUGCUUUACAACAUCCCGAUGUCGAGGUAUCAAAUUAUUCCAUCAUCAAAAAAUUGAUGUGUUUGCAUAAUUAGAUAUCGAAAAAAUAAUUAUUCCGGAUUCAUUACGUUGAGUAAACUUUUUUUUCAUUGUCGAAGGUAUGGACUGAAAAAUACCUAUCUGUUAUUUGUUCUGUGAUAUGAAAUGAAAACUUGGCAGGUUGUGGCGAUAACGACGGUCCACGGAUGCGUUCCUGUGAAACAGGCGACAGCCAACGUCAACAGGACGAUCCGAGCCAAUGGAAUCCAAGUUGACAAACUAAAGGAGUUCAACACCUGGAUAAUGGUUACAGGGAUCUAUUCCUGUCUAUGAAGGGGCAAGCAGAUCUUUACUCAACCUGCAAAAAGACACUACCGUCUCGGACUUUUUCGGCAAGGAUGGCGUUGGCGAUAGGCCGACUGAAUUCCCCGAGGUAAAAAUGAUUGAAGCAACUUUUCUAUUAUUGUUUCAGAAAAAAAAUUCCAGAUAAGGAUCAAAAGCUUGCAAAGAGACCAUUUUCUUCUUGAAAAACCUAUUUUUUUUUCCGAAUCCCUUCAAAAAAUCAAGAUUUUUUAAAUAUGUGAAAGAGUUUUUUUUCUAUUUUCUCAACAGUGUGAUCUCAACUUCAGUCGGAUUCCGACGACUACAAAGCUUCUGGAGAUGGAAUCGCCGCUCUUGCACUCAUCCGGCUAGUUCAAGAGCACCCAGACGCAACUCUUGUGUAAGAAAAUGGGCAAACUCAUGGUAAAUGACUGAAAAAAUUGAAGCUGCAUCGGACCACUCACGAACCUCGCUCUGGCUCUGCAGCUGGAAGAAAACUUCGCGGCAGCACCGCAGAAAGUCGUCAUCAUGGGCGGCAACUACUACGGUGAGUUCGGAAACCAACUUCUGAUGUUCUCCUGAAGGCGUGGGAAACGUCAGCGGAGUCUCUUCGGCAGAGUACAACUUCCACGGAGAUCCCGAAGCCGCAGACAUUGUUCUCCGCGAGCUCAAAUGUCCUGUUACGGUUGUCCCCUGGGAAGCGUUUUUCUUCAGAAGCAUGGAGGUCUACAAUGCUUCAUUCAUUGUAUCACAAUAAUCGCAUUUAAAGGAAAAUGAAGUCGAUUUUCAUGCUCAUCUCCGGUACGAUACUCCACUGGCCAACUUCUUGAGCACUGCAACUAGAGUCGGUAAGCCUAAUAAUUGAAUUCAACACCAGAAAAGGAACGAUUUGUAAAAACGAAGAAAACUUUUUAGAAUUAUGGUUUCAUGAUUUUGAAAACUUUUGAGGACGCAUCCGAUUCGAAGCAGUCGGCAGGCAGUACGCCUACUGCGAUGAAAUCGCAAUCGCGACCGCUAUAAACGAAGAAAGAGUUGUCCUGGAAUCGAAAAGUCUGGUCGUUGCUGUUGAGCUCAGCGGGACUAUCACAAGGUAUGUACCAAUAGAUCUCAAAAAAAAAACUGGAUCUUCCAAACUUCAGAGGACAAGUUGUUGUUGAUUGGGUCGAGCAAAUGUGGGCGGCGCCAGGAGAGGUGAAACCACUCGAUGAAGUGAACAACAAUAAGAGAGCAUAUACCGAAAACUUCAAAACUGCAGGAGCCGCGUCGUAGAAUCAAUUUUGUGACGGUUUAUAAUGUCACACUCGUCGACAAAUGGAUGCACGCCGUCACGUCGGGCAGCGGUCAUUUCGAUUGA